CUCCUCUUGGGACAAAGUUCAAGCUUGACUGCGCUUCGUACACUCCGCACCACAUGGCUCCCUCUACUCAACACGUUUUCAUUGACGGCACCUUCGCGGAUCUCGCGCAGGAGCUGGCUGAAUAUCUGAACGUUGGAUCCGAAGUCCAACCCCUCCUUGAAGGAAAUGUUAAUAAGAAAGAUGAAGCUUUGAAGAAGCUCGUCACGGCGUCGACUGCGCUGAACUCUUCUCCCGAAAAGGAGUUCACCGCUGCCUACAACCUGCUUGUCUAUCUCGUCCUGCAGUCCCCCAGUGUCAACAUGUUUCUACCCCGCAUUUGCGAGAAUCUCUCGAAGCCCAUUACUUCCUCUCCAGUCAACGGUUCUGGUCUUGCUUUGAGUGUUCUAACAACCAUCUUCAACCUGUUGCAACCAGACAACGAGGUCCGCUUCAAUGUCUUCCAAGCAAUCUUGCGCCUUGUCAAGUCCAGCGGACUGUUCGAAAUGUUACGUCCACAACUCACGAAGCUGGAUAAAUGGAUUGUUGAAUGGGACGCCGAGGAGGAAGACCAACGCAAGCUGUUCAGCCAGAUCGCCGAUGUUGCAGAAGACGCUGGUGAAGAGGAGCAAGCCUACCAAUACGUUCUCAAGGCCCUCCGCACAUUCGAUUCGGGCGAGGUUUCUUCUCCAGAUGCACAAGGAUUGUCCCUCCGUGCUCUUAAAGUCGCCCUUCUCUCAAAUACCCACUACGACUUCCAAGAUCUUACCUCCCUCCCUCCCAUUCAGGCUCUCAACGACUCUCAUCCCAUCUACUUCGAACUUCUCGAGAUCUUCUCCGAAAAGGAGCUUGAGGAUUACAAUGACUUUAGAGAUGAGCAUGAUGGUUGGAUUGAGGAGCAAGGAUUGGACAACAGCAAGCUACAUCGUAAGAUGAGAUUGCUCACUCUAGCCAGUGUUGCAGCUAGCACAAAUUCCCGAGAGCUUGAGUACAAGCGCAUUGCCAAGGCUCUGCAAAUCCCUGCUGAGGACGUUGAGAUGUGGGUCAUUGAUGUUAUUCGGGCUGGACUGAUCGAGGGAAAGCUGUCGCAACAGAAGCAGGUUUUCCUGGUUCAUAGAACUACCUAUCGAGUUUUCGGCGAGAAGCAAUGGCGUGAGGUUGCUACGAGAUUGGACCAAUGGAAGGCUAGUCUACGAUCUAUCAAGGAGGUUAUCAGUACUCAAAGACAACAAGCUGAGGCCCAAAAGGAGCGCGAGAUGCAAGAGGCUGACAGGAAGGCUACUGGUGCCGGUUCUGGUGCCACAGGAAUGAGCGGCGGACGUCGAGGUGGUGGUGGCAAGGAUAUGGUUGAGAUGGGAACGGAUUGAGCAAUGAAUAUGGAACCUGGGGGUGCGACAUAAUUUCUGACCGAAAAGAUCUAGGCGACGGCGUUACAGACAUGUGUACAUUGAAGGCAUAGCAUCUGGCGGGAUGCUGGGUGCCAAUCACUCUGCAUGGAAUUUGCGAUGCAUUCUCAUAGACAUUGCCAGCAAAGGCGUUGAAUCUGAAUUCUAU